GGCGCCCAGAACCCUCCUUUCGGGCAGCGCGGAGGCCGUGAGAGUCCGGGAGCGCUCCGGGUUACAAGAAGAGGAAGCGCGCUUAGAGGGGCCCGAAGAGCCACGGCCGUCGCUAUGGGGCUGGAGGCGGCGCGCGAGCUGGACUGCGCGGCGCUGGGCGCGCUGCUGCGGGAGCCGCGGGAGGCCGAGCGCACGCUGCUGCUCGACUGCCGCCCCUUCCUGGCCUUCUGUCGGCACCACGUGCGCCACGCGCGGCCCGUGCCCUGGAACGCGCUGCUGCGGCGCCGAGCGCGGGGCCCGCCCGCCGCCGCCCUCGCCUGCCUGCUGCCCGACCGUGCGCUGCGGGCGCGCCUGGCCCGCGGGGAGCUGGCGCGGGCCGUGGUGCUGGACGAGGGCAGCGCCUCGGUGGCCGCGCUCCCGCGCGACGGCCCGGCACACGCGCUGCUCUCCGCGCUGCUGCCCGAGACCCGCGCGGGGCCCACGGCCGUCUGCUUCCUGCGAGGCGGCUUCGACGGCUUCCAGGCCUGCUGCCCCGAUCUGUGCUCCGAGUCCCCCGCCCCGGCCAUGUCGCCUGUUGGGGCCGAGAACAGCCGUUCUGACGCCAGGGCUCCCUUUUACGACCAGGGCGGCCCCGUGGAGAUCUUACCCUACCUGUUCCUGGGCAGCUGCAGCCACUCCUCCGACCUGCAGGGGCUGCAGGCUUGUGGCAUCACAGCUGUCCUCAACGUCUCCGCCAGCUGCCCCAACCACUUUGAGGGCCUUUUCCGCUACAAGAGCAUCCCGGUGGAGGACAACCAGAUGGUGGAGAUCAGUGCCUGGUUCCAGGAGGCCAUAAGCUUCAUUGACUCGGUGAAGAACGCUGGAGGCCGGGUACUCGUACACUGCCAGGCGGGCAUCUCACGCUCCGCCACCAUCUGCCUGGCUUACCUGAUCCAGAGCCGCCGCGUGAGGCUGGACGAGGCCUUCGACUUUGUUAAGCAACGCCGGGGAGUCAUCUCCCCCAACUUCAGUUUCAUGGGGCAGCUGCUACAGUUUGAGACGCAGGUGCUAUGUCACUGAGGCAGGGCCGCACCUUGCUGGCUCCCCCAGGGCCACCGGGUCCCUCCGUUCAGGGCAAGCUGCCCCUUCCCUGGAAUUCCAAAAGCCCCCAGCUGGUGGUGCUGGGAAUGUGGGAAUGCUGGACUUUCUCACCUGGUGCUCUUCUGCUAGGUUUGAGGGCUGGCCCUCAUCCCGGGGGACCAGAAUGGAGGGCGUGUCUGCUUCCCCUCGCCCCUCUGUCUCCUGGCAGAAACUGACUGGACUCUACACCCAUGGAUUCCCACUGGUCCCACCACCGUGUUGAAGCCCUUGGCAGCCCGAGAGCUCUGAGGGAACAAGCUGUGACAAUCAGGAGCCCCGCUUGCAGGGGCGGGGAGGGGGGGGGUUCCACUACAGGCCUGGAGUCUGAGCCCUGAGCUCCUGGGGAGCUGGGUGUCGGGGAAGUGACGCGUCUGUGGCGUCCGGACCUCUGUGCUUGCGUGUGCGCACGUGUGUAUGUGUGUGAGUGUUUCACGCCUGUAUUGGCCAGGCGCUGGAAAGUUAUUUGUGUUCAGCUGACAUUUAACACUCCCUCCCCCACUUCCUCCCGGCCCUGUGGGCGGGGGUUGGAAACUUAGCACUUUAUAUUUAUACAGAACAUUGAGGAUGCGUCAAUAAAAUAUUGUUUUGUUUAAAAAACAA